AUGACGGGUUUGAAGAGGAAAGUCACAGAUGAAAACAAUCACAGUAGGGAAAAAGGGAGAGAAUUUAAGAACAGGAAGAGAAAUAAUUCAAGCUCAAGGACGAAGGGAAAGGAGCAAAAUAGGCCUCGACGUGGGCCUCGCUUGCCAAAUGCAUUGCAGAAAGAGCUCAAUCUCUUAAACCCUGCAGUUGAAAGGGGAUUUUCAGAUGGUGACGAAGAUAUUAAUUUUGGCGAUAUAGUUGGCAAUGAUGUGUAUGAAUACGAAGAAGGCAUCCCGGAAGAGGAAUCAAAGAAGAAUAAGCGGUUCGACCCCGUUGACAACAAUGAGUAUGAGCUUCCUGAAGAUUUUGAGGAUGAGAAUGUAGCAUCAGAUGAAGGCGAGGAUGAUGAAAAUGAGGAUAAUCAGAAAGAGGAUGAUAAUGAGGAAGAUGAGGGAAGGCAUGCGCGGAUGUUGCAAGAUAUCACUGGACUGCCUAGCUCUGCUUUUGAUGGGUUGUUUAAACGGCUUAUCUUAUACUGGGAGGCAUUACCUGUCCGGCUGUCUUGCACUUCAUCCUUGUAG